AUGGAGGACUACAUUGGUGACGCGUCAACUGCUUUCUCGGUGUUUAGCUGGAUCAUUGCAAGUUCAGUCGAAUUUCAGUUGAAGUUAAAUGUCUGUCUUUCAGAAGUGGUUCUUGUUUUUGUAACCUGCGGAAGUUUUCAAGCUUUGGUCGUUGACGGUUCUAGCUUGGGUGUCCCUUUUGCUGAUUUCAGCGGUAAUCCUGUGGUGGCAAGACCGAUUGAAAAUGGAGGUUUGGGGAUUAGAAACCUUAAAAAGUUUAACACCACCAUGUUGAGAAAAUGGGAGUGGAAAGUGGUUAAUGAGAGGAGAGGAAUUUGGUUUGAAGCGUUAGCCAAUAGGAAUAAUAAAGUGUUCCAGAACGAGGAAAUUCAAUUGAAAAAUUUGGUAGAAGAGUCGAAGAUCUUGGCCUGGAGAUGGCUGAGACUAAAAGCUAACUCUAUUGCUGAUGAUAUAGUUGCGUGGUGCAAGAAUCCUAAGGCGUGUCUCGGCAUACUUGAGGUUUGA